AAUGAAAUAGCCGUUUAUAUUUAGUAUCUUACUGGAUCUAUUUGUUCAAAAUGAUAACUAGGAAAUAACAGGACAUGAGAGAAACGGAAUAUGGAUUUCUUCAAGAGAAUGAAUAAAAACAGGACACAACAGAUAGCAACAACCGACAGUCCUGUAAAAACAGACCUGAUCAAUUAUUUUAAUCUGUACAAUAAACGUGACGAGGAAAAUCUAUUGCAUAUUGCUGUUUCACUGGGUCGCAAUGACUUGGUACGAGAAAUUGUAUUGAAUGAUCAAGUUGAUGUUGAUAUAGUGAGGAAAUCGGGCGACAGACCACCAUUACUGAUUGGGUUACAAUGCUACAAAAGGUGCAUAAGCUUUCUGGAAGAUUUGAAUACAGAAUCUGGUCAAACAAAUGAACGAUUAAAUGAUUAUUGUUCAUUGUCUGUAAAGGAAAAUGACACAGAUUUCGGUGCAUCUAAACCGACAGGCGGAGUUCUAAACAUUACACUGGAUAUAAAAAAUGACAUUCCAAAUAUAAGUUUUCCACUGGAAUAUUCUUACAGCAAGAGGAGCUUAAUAAUCAAAGACUAUGAGGAGUGUAUUCUAUUUCUAAUUUCACAAGGUGCAAGUACAAAGUCCAAGGACGAGGCUAAAAACACCCCUCUUAUUGUAGCAUCAAAUUUGGGCCUGACAACUAUCGUAAAUGCAAUGCUUAUGUCUAAAAACAAAUGCAAACUGAACCAUACUAACAUUUAUUACGAAACAGCGCUCCACAAAGCAGCGACGAAUCAGCAUUAUGAAAUAAUAAAAUCUCUGUUGUCAGCUGGAGCUAGUACUACUGGAAAAACCAACAAUUUUUAUGAUGGCGACACCCCAUUGGAAUGUAUGAUCCGCAAUGUUCACAAAUGUGGCCUUAAUGAGUCAACGAGUUCAAUUCGUGAAGAAAUCAUAAAAGAAAUGAUUCAAAAAUCGAAAAAGCAUUACACUACAACACAACAGCAAUGGAAUUUAAUGUCUAGAGCAGCCAAACACGGAGAUACACAAACAAUCCUCAUACUGCUAGAUAUGAACUUCCCUAUCAAUUUCCAUAGUCCGAAUUACGAAACAGCACUCGGGGUUGCUCUUACCAACAGGCAACGGGAAGUUACAGAACUUCUUUUAGAGAAAGGUGUUGAUCCUAAUGAAAGAAUUAACGGUCGAAUACCAAUUAAUCUAGCAGUUAAGAGCCAGGAUAUAGAGAAUGUGAAAAGUCUUAUACUAUAUGGAGGAAAUCAGGACCACAAAAAGAUUAUUACUAUUGAAACCAUGACUUUUUAUCAGGGCAUCUUACAUAUAUGUCUAGAUUUGGGAUGUGAUGAGAUAGCAGAUCUAUUGUAUACAUCUGGAGUAGUAGAUAUUGGUGAAUGUUACAGGCUUCUUGAAAAGACGAAAGAUUCCCAACCAUAUUACGAAUGGCUGAAAGAUACAGUUGAAAGUCCACUUUCGCUACGAUGCCUUACAAGGAUAAAGAUCCUAAAAUCUUUGAGACCAUUUCCAUAUUUUCGAGUUGCCCUCAACUUGUUGGAUAUUCCGGAAGUUUUAAGAUCGUUUUUAAGCUUCCGUCCACCUAAUUAUGAUGAUCUUAUAUAAACCCAAAAAUGUCAAGUGAUUCUAUAUUAUAUAUCUGAUGCCUAUCUGUGGGAUUCAAUUGAUAACAUGGUGGCCAUGUAAAUCUUUAUCUCGAACCGAAUAAGAGGUCAUUCCAUCAUUGUCAAAAAGAGUUUUUUCCCCUUCGUGUAAGUGAAACGAUUUACUGUAUUUUCUGUAAUCCAGGGGAAAAAUGACAUCGCCAUACGCUAACACAAUAACCCUAUUAGGAGAUAUAAAUGUAUCCCAAACCCACAAAAUGGCAAUAAAACUAUGAUAGAAUUUCUAUAAUUCUGGACUAUAUAUACCACAAUUAUUAAAAUGUUUUCACAGUGAUUGAUGUAAAAUGUUGGCAGAAAAUCUGGGUGAAGAAACCAGCUUAUCAAUUUCGUCCUAAUUUAAAGACUUAACUAAAAAUAUGUCCUAUGUCUGAUUGGCCAUAAUAAUUGUCACAAGCUAAACAAGCAAGGUAGAUCCAUUUGCAUACGUAGCUCUAGAUGAGACCCUUAUUUUAUAAAAUAAUAUUUAAAUUAAUGAAAUACAAACAGAUAAUUUUAUUCAAAAACAAAUCCAUUUAGAUUUCCAUAUAAAGCAAUAAACAGAUAUGUAAUUA